AUGGCACAGGCUCUGCGUGUGUCUCGUCAGAGCGCUGAAGACAUGGCGGCUGGCUUCUAUGCAUUCAGAGCUCCUCUUCCAGAACAUAUGGGCGAAAUCACUUCGCUCAUGUCCGAGUUAUACGCAAUCAGCGCAUUGUUGUCCAGCUUGGAACAUCUAGCCGACGAUUCCCGAAAUCGCCGUUGCUUUAAUAUGAUCAAACCCGAUUUGAACGUGGUGCAAUCCAGUUACACCUAUACAAUCGAGGACAUCGGCGAUUUUUUCAGAGAGCUCGAUGGCGCAGACGCUAGUCCGGCCAGGUACAAGCGAACAUGGCUAAAUAUGGACCGGUUCUUUUGGGAUCAAUCGAAAUAUACCCUGGCCACCCGUCUAAUCAAGUACAAGAUGGUCUUUAAAGAGUUCAACGACUUGGUAAAAGAUGGCCAAUAUACUUCACCGCUCCUCGCGGGCCUUGUCAAUGGAUUCAAGAUUCUACUCUCCACGCAAGAUAGUCGGUUUGCUGCUCGCUUUGAUGGCAUGACUAUCCGCCCGAAUGACUCGCCUACCGGCAACCACGCAAGUUCCCGUCCCCGUCCCCGUCCCACCACCCCAGUGAGGGACCGUCCGGUAAGGGACCACCCGGUGAGAGAAUACCCAUUAAGGGAACACCCACUGAGGGAACACCCGGUAAGAAACAGCCCGGCAAAUGACCGGAAUGCACGGCGGCGGAGGUCAUACGAGCGCACUCGACCGCCGCAUCUGUCUCCCCCGAUGUCGCCUUCUUCCGGUACUUCUUCGGAGUUCCCGCCGUCUGUGCCGGAUAUCCCUACCUCGCCACAUACUUCUACUACUAGCCGCUCGAGUGCCCCUGAUAUUAUCAAAGAACACUGGGCCAAGGAGAUAUUCGGGUUUAGUGACACCAACACUCCUCUACCAUCCGUGAGAGAAAGAUCCCUGAACGACGAUUCCGAUAUGCGUGUGUCAUUCUACCUAAGAAGACGAGACCACCGCGUCCGCAUCCUUUGCAAGGAGCCCCACCGCACACGGCCUAGUGAAUACUACUGCUUGCCGCUUAAUUUACUCGAGGUGCUGCGAGAUGGCUCUUGUCUCCGAUUGUGCAGGCGGCGGAAGCGCGGGACAGAACUUGUUUUAUGGAUGCAAUUGAAGUUCACCACAUUGGAAGAUCUAGUGCUGUUCCAUAACACAUUUCUUGCCUUGCGCUCCCAGGAUGCAGGCCAUGCCAUCGGAGAUAUCUUGGACCACGAGCUGGACCAUGAGGAUGAAGUUUAUGGGGCUACAAUCACCGACGAUGUGUAUGUGCACGCGCUGCGCGUAUAUAAAGACUCGGUGACUGGAGCCGUAAGACUCCAGGCAUCGGUCUACCUAGGCGAGAUGAACCACACCCCCGUCUGGACUGCCUUCGUCACCCAUAGCCUCGGGAAACGCAGUUGGCUUAAGCUAUAUGAUUCCAGAACGGUGAUUGUGCGUGGUAUCAAACCCGUGAUAUUUAUGUCUAUAGAUGAUUAUACGCCCCCACAAACGUCACAGGGACAUCAUAUCCUGGAGUUCACAACCCCUUCUGAUGCUAGGGCGUUCCUGGAUCGCAUGGAUGAACUGGGCGAUUGA